AUGCAACCAAACCUACCCCAAUUUACGUUCAAAUGGCCCAAGGGACCCGAAACAGUUAUUCUGACGGGUGGUUUCGAUGAGUGGAAGGGCACUCUACCAAUGGUGAAGGAUCCUAACGGUGCUUUCGAAAUAACGCUGCCAAUAAAGUUUGAUAGUGUUGGUAGCAAAGUAUAUUUUAAGUUUAUCGUUGACGGUCAGUGGCUGCCAAAUAAAGACUAUAAGGUGAUUGUUGAUGGGGGGGUGGAAAACAACUUUAUUACUGAGGACGAUGUAAUGCAGCAGUACGGAAAUAACACUGGCAUGCUGGUCCCUGAAAGUGGCGGAUUGGCAGUUACAAAGAACACCACUCUAAUUGAACCGGAAGCUGAGAAGCCUGCAAAAUUACGAAAAUUCAAGAUCAAGAGAGUAAUCAAGACAAACAAACAAACAGGGGAAAGGUCGAUCUUUUCUCAGGAAGUAAUUGAAGUGCCAGAGAGCGAAGAUGAAGCUCAAAAGGUAGACAAAACCAGCAAGAAUGCAGAUGGCUUAAGCGGCACUACGACUAUAAUUGAAAACAACAGUACUGGUGUAACUGAAGAAAAGGCAGUUAAGCCGUAUGAAGAAGGGCCAGCUAAACUUAACUUUGCCAAAAACGAAAAAUAUAUUACAGAUGGUUUGGGGAAGACCAAAUCUUCUGAGUCGAGGCUAUAUGAAUUGUCAGCCGAAGAACUUGAAAACGAGGAAGAGGAAGAGGACGAAGAUAAGGAUGCAGGCACAAAUACAGAGGGCGAGGAUUCGGAGCUUCAGAGUAAAAAAUCAUUGAGUAUAGCCGCUAAAAUUGAAAGCUCCCCAGAGAAAUUGCCUGUAGGUUCGACUACAAGCACUGCCAAGGAGACAUCUCGGAAAUCAACUGGUGAAGUUAUUGCUGAUACCCAAACCUUCGAGCCAAAACCAAGCCCAACAACAGCUGCUACAGAAAAGGUAGAAGUUAAAAAAGCUACCACGGUUGCAAAACCUAGCCACACGAAGGGAACACCAAAGAAAGAUGUUCAGAAAAGUCCUGUCAAGAAGGAAGGGUUCUUCAAGAAGUUAAGCAAGAUUUUGAAGUAA